AAAUAUCAGAACCGACCAACUACAAACCGGAAAUCGACAAGAAAACGUGAAAAUACAAAAAUAAAGGGGUAAUUUUGAAAAUAAUGAAAGUUUGUAGGGUUUUCUUACGUAACCGAAGCCUGUCUGAAAUGAACCACACAUAAAAAGACGUAUCCGUUUGUGUUCCAUUGUAAUUGUAAGUAACGAAGAAAAUAACCAAAUAAAAGAAUCCGCCGCUAUGGAAGCAGCAGCUCUGAGAAUCUUCACGCUAUCGUUCCUUCUCAGCUUUCUCUCCGGAAACUCUCUCGCUCCUGCACAAGUUGGGAAGUUUCCGCCGUCGUGUAACCGAAUCGAAUGUCCGAGCUACGAGUUGGUCAACUCAGGUAAUGGCUACGAGAUUCGCCGUUACAAUACUACCGUCUGGAUUUCAACAGAACCCAUUAAAGAUGCCUCUCUCGUCAAAGCUACACGAACCAGUUUUAGCCAAUUGUUCGAUUACAUUCAAGGGAAUAACGACUAUCACCAGAAGAUAGAGAUGACAGCUCCAGUUAUCGUUCAAGUCUCUCCGAGCGACGGUCCUUUAUGUGAAUCCUCCUUCACGGUAUCAUUCUACGUUCCUAAACAAAACCAACCUGAUCCUGCUCCGGCCAAGAACCUACACGUACAGAGAUGGGACACGAGGUAUGUUGCCGUGAAGCAAUUCGGCGGAUACGUAUCGGAUGACACUGUCGGAGAAGAAGCGGCAGAGCUGGAGACAAGCCUAAAAGGUACCGUAUGGGGCAAGGCAAUAGAUAAAAGCAGAGAAAAAGGUGGUGUUGGAUCGACUUCUGCUUACACAGUAGCGCAAUACAACUCACCGUUCGAGUUCUUGGGUCGGGUCAAUGAGAUUUGGUUGCCGUUUCAGAUGGACAAAUGAAAAAAAUAAAGCUCUUGUAAUAUCGUUUCUCGCGUUGGCCACCCGGGCCCUCCCUGCUAAUUCCUGGGGAGGAAAUUACGUGGUUGCUGCGGGCCUCGUGGGAUUAGUCGGUUGACCUCGGUCGCCGGAUCCCCACGGUUAACAAAAAAAAAAAAAAAAAAAAAAUCGUUUCUCACUUAACAAGAACUAUUUUCGUAAUUUAAGUUUUGAAUAAGAAAACAUUGUCAUGUAUUGUUUUCGUAAUUUACGUACUUUCUUUGGUAAUAAUCCUAAGAGAACGACUGCACGAAAUUGUUGUUUGUGACUCGCCUGUUCGAGGAAGGGUACCUUGGAGUCUCGGUUUGGUAGCUGAGAACAUUCUACAAGCAACCGUGUUAACAGCUAAAAAAACUUGUACUUCAGAAUUAACAUAUUUCGUAUCAAAAUUAUAU